AUGGCGAGUGCGACUCGCACGCACAUCCGCGGGCCCGGCCACGGCCGCCGGCGCUAUACGCUGCCUUUGCAACGAGUGUCCGUUACUGGUAUUCAUAUAACUGGAGUGCCCUUAGAAGAUCUUGAAAGAUCUUCCACGAUGCUGGUGAGCGCGCUCAAUCUGCGCCGCCGGUAUAUGGACAUCUCCAGCCAAUCCUUUCCAGAGCUGUUGUUGUACUACCUCUUGCAUCAUGAGGCUCCUCCGUUUGAUAACCAAAUUGAAGAACCUAUCGAUUUCAGCCGAGCAUUAUUGCACUUUGAUUCUGCAACCGCUGAGCAGUUCUUACAUAUGAAUGCUUGUUCAUCAGAAGACCUGCCUUUAGACCAUGGUAUUGGCCUUGAUAAAAGAAGUUCGCAGUACUCCGAUAGUAGACUAUACCCUACUGGAACUCUAUCAAUUUUCCCUGGCCUGAGUAGAGUUUCUCUUGACAGUCAAGACGAAAUGCAGGACAGUGAAUCUGCCGUCCAAGAUCCCUGGAGUUGCUUAACCCCUCCUGACCGCCAUUACGUGUGCCAAUGGAAGAAAGGAUUAGUUCGCGUGUAUAAAAACCAAAUGGACGCUACAGAUUGUAAAUCUUUGCAAUAUCGUUACGUCUCGUUCAAGAAGUACGUCGAAGACAUGGCUCUUUUGACUGAAAUGGUGUCGGAUGGACCGCUGAAAUCAUUUUGCUACAGGCGUCUAAGUUAUCUUUCGUCUAAGUACAGAAUGCACAUUUUACUCAAUGAAUUGCAUGAGCUCGCGUUGCAGAAGGCUGUUCCCCAUCGAGACUUUUAUAACGUCAGGAAAGUAGACACUCACAUACAUGCAGCGUCGUGUAUGAACCAGAAGCAUCUUCUUCGCUUCAUCAAGCGGACGCUGCGGAAGUGUCCGGGACAGGUAGUGGCGCUGAGGAACGGUAUGCCCAUGACCCUUAAAUCCGUCUUCGAGGACAUGCAGCUGGACGCGUAUGAUCUGAAUGUGGACAUACUCGAUGUACACGCUGAUCGAAACACAUUUCAUCGCUUCGACAAAUUCAAUGCAAAGUAUAAUCCAGUUGGAGAAAGCAGACUCAGAGAAGUUUUCCUCAAAACUGAUAACUAUAUGAACGGCGCUUACUUCGCCAGUAUUAUUAAGGAAGUGAUGAGUGACCUAGAAGAGAGCAAGUACACGUACGCGGAGCCGCGCAUCUCCAUCUACUGCAAGCGCGCGGAGGAGUGGGGCGCGCUCGCCGCGUGGGCGCUGCGCCACCGCGUGCACUCGCACCACGUGCGCUGGCUCGUGCAAGUACCCAGGCUUUAUGAUAUUUACCGCGCAAAUAAUAUUCUAAAGAAUUUCCAAGAGUUCCUCAGCAACCUAUUUGAUCCGUUAUUCAAGGUGUCUGUGGACCCGAACUCUAAUCCUGAGCUACAUAAGUUUUUGACGCACGUAAUAGGUUUCGACAGUGUCGAUGAUGAAUCGAAACCAGAAAAUCCGAAUUUAACGGAGAAUAUGAAGACACCAGACGAGUGGGACGACGAGGAGAACCCGCCCUACGCGUACUACCUCUACUACAUGUACGCCAACUUGACCACACUUAACCAACUUCGCAAAGAGCAGGGGUUGAAUACGUUCGUGCUGCGUCCGCACUGCGGGGAGGCGGGCCCGGCCGUGCACCUCUGCGCCGGGUUCCUGCUCUCCGAGAACAUAUCACAUGGCCUCAUGUUGAGAAAAGUGCCAGUGUUACAAUACGUGUACUAUUUGGCACAAAUCUACAUAGCGAUGUCCCCCCUCAGUAACAACUCGUUGUUCCUGCGCUACCAUCGCAAUCCAUUGCCGGAAUUCUUUGCUAGAGGCCUUUGUGUGACUCUCAGUACCGAUGACCCGCUGCAGUUUCAUUAUACAAAGGAGCCUUUAAUGGAGGAGUACAGUAUCGCGGCGCAGGCGUGGAAGCUCAGCUCGUGCGACAUGUGCGAGUUGGCGCGUAACUCGGUGCUCAUGUCCGGCUUCCCGCACGAGGUGAAGCAGCGCUGGGUGGGCGCAAGCUACACGCGCGCGGGCGCCGCCGGCAACGACUUCGCGCGCACCAACGUGCCCGACCUGCGCCUGCGCUACCGCCUCGACACGCUGCGGGACGAGCUCGACAACCUCUUCAGAGUCCCUCCGAGCUCC